GCGUCCCCGGCUGCGGGGCGCCAUUGCUCUCUUGCUCCGGAACGGGGGGCUUUGUCGGAAGUCCACGGGACCGAGGGAAGGCAGAGCACUACAGCUCGACGACGGCGGGCUGGUGCUGCAGAUGCAGCCAGUGAGGGCUGCGUGCCCUUUUAGGUCCGGCUAACCAGUAAGGAACUACAAUUCCCAAGGCCUCAGUUUCCUAGAGGACCGCUCAGCCAUGGUUCAUGCCUUCCUCAUCCAUACCUUGAGGAUCCCGAAUGCAGAGGAUGCGGGCUUUUGCCGAGUGCUCUACUCUUGUGUCUUUGGUGCUGAGAAGUCCCUGGAUGAUGCACGUCCACAUGGUGCGGAGAGGGACAGGCUCCUCNUUCAACCUGACCUUUCCCCUUGCCCCAGGCAGGUGGAGUCGAUGUGCCAGCUUCAGCAGCUGGCAUCAGGCCGCCCACCCUUGGACCUGCAGGCCCCAACCUCCGACGAACCUGUGCCCCUGCAGGAUGCCCCACGUGGGGUGUUCGGGCUGGCAGCUGGGGACCCCUUCCAGGAGCCUCGGACUGUGGUGUGGCUGGGAGUGUUGUCCCUAGGCUUUGCCCUGGUGCUCGACUCCCAUGACAACUUGCUGCUGGCCGAGAGCACACUCCGCCUACUAGCCCGCCUCCUCCUGGACCAUCUCCGCCUGCUGGCUCCAGGCUCCAGCCUCCUGCUGCGGGCUGACCACAUCGAGGGCAUCCUCUCCCGCUUUCUGCCCCAUGGCCAGCUACUCUUCCUCAAUGACCAGUUUGUCCAGGCUCUAGAGAAGGAAUUCAGUGCUGCCUGGCCCCGCUGAUCCUUGCUGGCAUGGGCUUCCCCCAAGGGUAAGGAGAGAGCAAGGAUUGCACACACAUGAAGGGAAGCGUGCUGUUUGCUCAGCCCAGCCUUCCACCCUCCCUGUUGUGCCCACACCCAGGACCCUGGCUGCGACAAACUGGUAGCAAGGAGUCUGAACAGCAGUGUGAGGGGCUCUGCCUGUUUUUGGGUCAGUGGGAUCAUAGCACAUCCUGAGCCCAGAGCUGCCCAGUGACUCCAGCCACUGGUGUGCUGGCCAUGCCAGGCCUUGACCCCAGCCCCAGCCAGGAAGAACUGCCUGGAACUUGCCCCAUCCCAAAGCCUAAAUCACCUUUCCACAAAAGGGGUUCCUGAGAUUCCCCCUUUACAGUGGGAGUUGUUUGGCACUGUGGCAGGCCUUGGUCCCUGCCUUUAAUCCCCUUAGGCAACAUCUUGGGGGAUUUUGUCCAGUGAGAGGACAUACUCCAUGGCUUUCCUCAUUUGCCACAGCCAAAUGCCUGGAUGAUGUUGUCUGUCGUGUUUUCUAUUAAAAGUGCUGGCUGUGUGAGCUCACCUCUCGUCCUGUGAGUUGGAUGAUUGCACUCUGCUCCUGUGGGUAAGAAGCUCGCUCUGGCCAGGUGCCAUUGCUUUAUGCUGCAGAGUCCCCUAAGAGACUUCUUGGGAGGCCUCUGUUUUUGUACCACAGCCCACCUCUCUUUCCUUAUGUGCCUCCUUUGAAUGGGCACCUGCUUCCUCUAGCAAAUGUGUGUCACAGGUAGCUGGUUAGCAUGCAUCCCUGAGAACAGCCCAAGCCAGGAUCAGGCAUGGGUGACUGCUCUGAGCUACUCCCGGGAAGCUGGAAGUGGGGGCAGCCUUCACGUGUGUUGUCUAGCCUGCAAACAGGCAGGAGUGCAGUCCUUCGCCCAGACCAAUGUACCGCAGUCGCCUCUGAAGGCCCUCCCCUGAGAGGUGAGGUGGUGAGGGCUGAGCGUCUGCCCUCUCCCUUCAGCCCCUUGUGGCCUUGCCAACCAUUCCCUGGCUCGCUCUGUCCUCAGAAAACACCUUCAGUUGUGGAGCCGUGCCUGCUGCACUGCAGUGAGACCCGAGGGGAUGUGACUGGGACACUAACGCCAGCCAUUAAGUCUUUAAUCAGUAGUUUCUAGUGGCGCUUUCAGAUCACUCAGCUGAGCUGGGCAUGGUAGUGCAUGUCUGUAACCCCAGCACUCUGGGAGGGUGAGGAUCAGAGGUUUGUCUCUGACCUGGGUAAUUUAAUGACUUAUUGAGACCCAGUCUCACAAGAAAUACAAAGAGCAGGGUCUGUAGCUCAAUGUCUAAGCCCUGGGUUCAAUCUCCAGUACUGAAAAAGUUGAGAAAAGAACUUGUUUACAUCCAUUCUCCUGAUUUCUGUUACUACCAAGGUGAGGCUUUCUUGGCACGGGCAGGACAGGCCUCCUGGUGGUCAGGUGCAGGGGUGGACCCAUCUCUUGCCUGCCAGUUUGCUUGCUGGUGUCCUUCAGCCCAAGAAUUCUCCCAGUGACCUUUCUGCAUGUUCUGGCCUCCACCCCAGCACCCGUAGCCUGGUUUCCACCACAACUCGUGUGUGUCUCACGUUCCUGCAGCUGCCUGGCUGGUACCCACUGGGUGCUCAACAGGCUGUAGAGAUGUCUAGUUCUAGGGAGAUAACGCUAGGCUGAAAGCCACACAGCAGCAUGGCUGGAGCAUCCCUGAACCUGAGCUCAAAAGAGCCUGAAGGCCCUACAUGGAAGGACGCCUCUAGGAGGGCCCAGGGAAGGAGCCAGGAUUUAGCUGGGGAUGAAGUUCAGCAGUGCAGUGGCUGCCUGGAA